CACUAGGUAUUUUUCUUCCUCCCAGGCACCCUUUAGGAAUGGUCUUGAACGAGCCUCGUAGUCAUUUAUUCUGAUGUCUUACCAAACUGGACAACAUGUAGUUAGGUAUUAUUUUAUUUGUUGAACUUGUAUCUUAACAUUUCACCAAAUUAAUGAUCAACAUUCACACGCUGCAUGAAAUAUGAAAGGUUGGUAGGAGUUGUGGUUCUAAUUAUCGUGAAUAAAAUCUUUAGUCCAUAAUUAAUUGACUUAUUUAAUUAAGGCUAUAGCCUAUAGGGAACAAUAUCUUAUUGUAUUUGGUAUGUGUUUGUAUUUAGAAUUUAGCAUGUGGUUGAAUUUAACCACACGACUAACAUGAUGGAAUCUGACCAAUAAUGCAUUUUUGUCACUGAUGGAAUCUGACCAAUAAUGCAUUCUACCUAAUAUGACACUUGUCUUUAUUGUUUGCCUUUACUUUUUCUUUUCUUUUCAUAAUAGAGCCUUACUCUGUCGUUUGCUUUCCAAUCUGUUUUUUUUUGCUCUGUCAGAUUUUAUUUCAAAUAUUUAGCAAGAUGACGAUUACGAAAGCAAGCGAAAUGAACGAUUUCAUUUUACUGGAAUUAAAUUUGAUAAAGAAAACAAAAAAGUUGAAAGGUAAAGUCCGUGAUAUAAAGUGAAGUCUGGCCCCUAAGGCCCCCUCAUCACGUGGAUGUCGGUGGACCUAAUCACCAAAUAAUGGAAUGUACAAAGUCAAGUAUGGCCGCCCCUUAGGCCCAUCAUCACAUCAUUCACAUGUGACAUGUGGAUGUCGGUCGACCUAAUCAAUAUAUAAUAGUAUGUACAUCAUAUAUGUAUGGACACACUUCUCACUCUUAGCUCCUUUGAUCGGUCUCCCCUUCUUUCCACUACAGGGUGAUCAAUUUUUGAUGGCUGAAGCCCUUAUUUCCGUUGUCCUAGAACAAUUGGCUUCAAUCACCCGUCAACAGGUACAGCAACAAGUGAAAUUGGUAGUUGAUGUUAAGAAAGAAGUUGCAAAUCUCAACGACAAUUUCCGAGCUAUAAAAGCCGUGCUCAAAGAUGCAGAGGAGAGGCAAGUGAAGGAGGAUUCCGUCAAAUUAUGGCUGGAUAAUUUAAAGGACGUGUCCAACGAGAUGGAGGACGUGUUGGAUGAUUGGAACACUGAAAUUCUGAAGCUACAAAUUGAGAAACAAGAGAAAGAAGAUGGAAAUGCUCUUGAUACGACUAAGAAGAAGGUAUGUCUAUGCAUUCCUUCUACUUUCUUUUGUUCUGGCCAAGUUAGUCGACUUAUUUUUCGUCGCGACAUUGCUCAAAAGAUUAAAGAUCUCAAUGAAAGGUUAGCAACAAUUGCUAAUAUGAGGCAAAAUUUUAACUUUCAGUAUACAAAAAGUGGUACUGAACUUAUUGAGAGACAAAAGACUACUUCUUUUGUCGAUCAAACAUUUGGUCGGGUAGAUGAAAAAGAAUUCUUGGUGCGCAUGUUGUUGAGUGAGAGUAAUCCUGAAGGGCAGAGCCCCCUUGUCAUCCCUAUUGUAGGGAUGGGUGGAAUCGGUAAAACAACCCUUGCCCAACUAGCAUAUAAUGAUGAAAAAGUGAAGGCUAAUUUCACAAAAAGAAUAUGGGUUUGUGUCUCAGACCCAUUUGAUGAGCUCAACACAGCCAAAGCCAUCAUUGGAGCCCUCGGUGUAGAUGUCAAUUCCAUUUCGAAUAACCUAGAAGCUUUCUUCCAAUCUGUGCACAAAUCUAUCAAGGGAGAAAAGUUUCUCCUCGUCUUAGAUGAUGUGUGGAACCCAGACUAUACGAAGUGGGAAAAUUUGAAGCUACCUUUACAGAAUGGUGCUGUAGGUAGUAAAAUAAUAGUCACUACACGAAAAGAAGAAGUAGCUAGGAUGAUGGGAGCACCUGAUAACACAAUCAAGUUGGAGGUGUUGAGUGAUGAAAAUUGUUGGUCAUUGUUCACUAGAAUUGCCUUUACCAAUAGAAAACAAGAUGAGUGUCAAAUUUUGGAACCUAUUGGUAGGGAAAUUGUAAAGAAGUGCAAAGGGUUGCCUCUUGUUGCCAAGACUUUAGGUGGUCUCAUGCGUUGUAAGAAAGCAAAGAAAGAAUGGCAAGAUGUUUUGAGUAGUGAGAUAUGGGAGUUAGACAGGAUGGAGCAACAAGUUUUCCAACCGCUGUUACUAAGUUAUUAUGAUUUAACUCCAAUGAUCAAGCGGUGUCUAUUAUAUUGUGUUACUUUCCCAAAAGACCAUAUAAUUAAGAGAAAAGUUUUGAUUGAGUUGUGGAUGUCGCAAGGUUUUCUUGUUUCAGUUGGGAACAAAGAAAAGACAAUGACAGACAUUGGAGAAUCAUAUUUCGAUAACUUGGUAAUGCGAUCUUUCUUCCAGAAUUUUGAGGAGGAUGAAUUUGGAGAUAUUAUACGGUGCCAAAUGCAUGAUAUUGUGCACGACUUUCUCCAAUAUUUAACCAAGAAUGAAUGCUUAAUCGUUGAGUUCAAAGGUGGGGAGGAGAGAAUAGAAUUGCCCAAUAAGCUUGGUCAUUUGACCAUAAUGUUUGCACCCGAAGAACCUUUUCCCUUUUCUUUUGACCACUGCCAACGUCUGCGGACCAUUACAACAUUUAAUUGUAAAAUUACAAGUCUCAGCCGAGAGUUGAUUUUACAAUUAAAAUGCGUGAGGACGUUGAAUUUGAGUGACAACGAUAUCAAGAAAGUUCCGGACGAGGUAGGCGGGUUGGUGCACUUGAGGUAUUUGGAUUUAUCCUAUAAUGAGAGGCUGAAGAAAUUACCUGAUAGUUUGUGUAAUUUAGUCAAUUUGCAAACCUUGCGAGUUGAUGGGUGCAUGAGACUUAAAAAGUUACCCGAGGCCAUGGGAAAGCUGACCAGCUUGCAGCAUCUUCAUGCUGAUAUUCAAAAGUGGCCGCCGCUGAAGUUGCCCAAAUCAAUUGCGAGGUUGAAAAGUCUACGGACUCUAGAUCUGACUGUUGUAAUUGAAGGUGAAGAAGGAUUGAGGUUAAGUGAUUUGAGAGACAUGGACGAGCUUCAGGGGAAGCUUUGGAUCAGAUUGCAGGGGAAAUUGAAAGAUAGUGCUGCGAGUGAUGCGGAGAAAGCCAAAUUGGUGAACAAGAAACACCUUCUUCAUUUGAGACUAGGGUUCGAGUGGAUGGAGAGCGAGGUCAACCAGAGUACCAUCCAGGAAGCAGUAUUGAAUGCCUUACAGCCAAAUUCAAAUCUUGAAUCCUUACGGAUCUCAAGUAGUUGCAGCACCCUGUGCCCCAAUUGGACCUCCUCUUUAAUUAACUUGAAAAGCGUAACCUUCUCUUACUGCGAUGUUUGUAAGUAUGUGCCUCUUUCGGUUUUGGGCGACUUGGGGUCCCUUGAGAGACUCAGAUUUGAAUACAUAGGAGAAGUGAAGAAGGUUGGAUUUGAGUACUCACUUGAUCAUCAAGUUAUAUUGUUCCCCAAUCUGAAACAACUCGAGUUUGAGGGAAUGCGGGAGUGGGAAGAAUGGGAUCAUGAUGAGAAUGAUGCUACUUCAUCGUCACCAACUCGUUUCAUGCCACGCCUUUCUACUUUAUCCAUUGAAUGGUGCGAUAAGCUGAAGACACUGCCAGACUUCCUUCCAAGGAAGACGCCGCUGCUUCAGAAUUUGAUCAUCUACAAUUGUCCCAUUCUCUCCCAAAGUUGCAAAGACAGGCAAGGCCCGGAGUGGUCCAAGAUUUCUCACAUCCCAAACAUCAAAAUUGAUUUGAAAACUGAACAAAAAGAUGGAGUUUCGAUCGAACAAGAGGAAGAAAUUGAUGAAGAAAGUGAUCCAAAUUGAUGAACAAGAGGAUUGAUCAACAACGUCAUCCAUCCAAUUCGUUGUAGGGAGAAGACUCAAGAAGAGCAGAUGAUCCUCAAAGAAAUACUCAAUAAACUGUAUAUCAAGGCCAAGAAUAAACUUGAUGGCUAACAGCUGAAGAUUUUCGCUGCAUUGAAAUAGUGGAACAGCAGAAAUGAUCCAAAAGUCUCAUUUGAUUUCAUGUUCAAGAUUUUCGUGUCAUGCUGACAUCUGCAUAUUGAAGAAUUUGUGUAAUUCUGUUUAAUGUGGUGGGGAUAUUCAUAUUCUCACCCAGUCAUAUCAUUCUCCCGGAUGUCAUCAUUCCUCUUCUUCAUCAUCACUUCUAUUGUUCAUAAUACUCCAACUCCUGGGGAGGUAUAUUUGACAUUUGUUCUAUCCUCCUCUCCUUUAUGUCCAAAAAAUUGUGGAGGAGAUGGACGACAGUCAUUUCUGAUUACUUUUGGAACUGCUACAGCUCUUAUGGAAGAGACUGGUGAAGAAUUUGUUCAUCUUGGGAGGAACAUACCUUCAGUGAGGUUGCACGAACAGAGGCAUGGAAUCACAGAAUGGCCCAAGAUUUCUCACAUUUUAAACAUAGAGUGUUCUCUAACUAACUGAACAGGAAUGUUGAAAAUGGUUGAUAAAUCACCAAGGCCAUGGUGAAGCUGUUUAACUUACAUUAUCAUAAAUAAUUAUAAGCUGGAAGUCCUCAAAAGCUUUGUGAGGUUAACAAUAUCCAAGAAAGUGUGUGAGAGAUAAGGGUGAUCCUGAGCAAGCAAGAUUGGUAAAUGAGAAGAAACUUAAUUUGGGACCAAGUUUGUGGUACUCAACAAGAGAAGCUCAACAAAUACUGAACCCCUUGCACUCAAAUCCAAACAUCAGUAACUACAGUUGCACCGUGCACACUGUGCAAUAGACGACAAAUGUCUUCAAAUAAUUUCAGAAGGCUGAGGGAUGACGAGUGCAGUUUAUGUGAAAUUGUGCCUCUUUUGGGGAACUUGGUGUCCCUUGAAUCGCUGCAGUUAUGUUUUGACAUGAAAACCAAAGAGUACUCCAGAAGGAUUAAUGAUAAAUUGUGAAGAGCAAGUAAGGUUUUUCAAGGGGUGUGCAUUUAGAGAUGUGAGUAGACAGAACUGAAUCAUCAUCUAUUAGCUGCCUAGCUUGUCGAAGAGGAAGGUUUGGGAGCCCAAUAAGGAGGAAAAUGUAACUCUUGGACCUGCGGUCAGAGAUGGAGAGAACUUUUUUGGUGUCAGUGCUCAUAAUUAUGCACUCACUCCUUGAGUAAUUCCUUCAUUUAUGUGAUGGACUUGAAAAUGCUGCCAGGCAUGCUUACAGCAUAGUAUGUAUCUACAUGGUGCAAGGUGCUUGCAUAUAGAGCUCAGGGCUGCUAGUCCAGGUGCUGAAUCAGCAAUGAGAGCACUUGAUCUUGUUGACAUGCCUAAUUUCCACCAACUGUAGCUAUAGAAAGCUUGGCUGGCACUCUGGGACAUAUAUAGAAGGUUGAGAUUUCUCAAAUGUGAGGUUUCAGAUGUUGCUCUCAUUUCUCAUACAUUUUGGUUUGGUUGGAGGUGAAACCUAUUCUCUCUCAAAGUUGCAAAGACAGGCAAGGCUGGAGUGGUCCAAGAUUUCUCACAUCCCAAACAUCAAAGUUGAUGGCAAAAUUGUACAAAAAGAUGGAGUUUGAAUUUGAUCACCCAUCCGAUUUCUUGGUGCAGAAGAAAUUGAUUGCAAUGAAAUAGUGGAACUGCAGAAAUGAUCUGAAAGUCUCAUUUGAGUUCACGUUCAAGACUUUCGUGUCAUGCUGGCCUCUGUAUAGUAUGGCAGAUUGAAGACUUUGUGCAACUCCGUUUAAUGUGUUGGGGAAUUUCAUAUUCUCACCCAGUCAUAUCACCCUCCAGGAUAUCAUCACAACUUCUCUUCUUUUUUAUGUCGCAGCUCCUUAAAAGCAGCUCCAGAUCUCCAUGGAAUAUUGGAAAGGUGGAAGCCUGGAAUCUCAUUGGAUGUGACAUCUUUGCUGUAGGCCAAAUUGAAGUCUAUUUCUUGUCACUCAGUUCAUUAUGUUGAGGAUUUGACAUCCUUAAUUAAGAAACUUCAACUCAAGUCAUCAAUCACUUCUAUUGUUCGUAAUACUCCAGCUUUUGAAGAGCAGCUGAAGAUUUUCGCCGCAUUGAAAUAGUGGAACAGCAGAAAUGAUCCAAAAGUCUCAUUUGAUUGCACGUUCAAGAUUUUGUGUUAUGUAUGGCAUAUUGAAGACUUUGUGCAACUCUGUUUAAUGUAGUUGGGAUCGAUAUUCAUAUUACCAUUCAGUCAUAUCUUUCUCCGUGAUAUCAUCAUUCCUCUUCUUCAUUGAUCACUUCUAUUUUUUAUAGCAAUGCUCCAACUCCUGAAGAGGAGUGGGAAUAGUGGGAAGGAAUGGCAGCUGGGUCUGGGUGGAGUGGAGAGGCUGAUUCUCAAAUUAAAGACACCUCUGCAAAAUUUGACGAUUAUAUCUUGUCCAAUUCUUAGGCAAAGUUGUGGAAAAAGAGGAAACAAGGAGUGACUCAACAUUUCUCACAUCCCAGACAUCCAAAUUGAUAAUGAGUUUGUACAAAGAGACGGAGUUUGGAUCCUACAAGAAGCUGGUGAAACCUGCCCUUAAUUACUUCAUCAUCAACCCAUACAUUUCUCUGUCUCCACCAACAGUACCCACAGAAAGCUUGUCUGGCAGAAGGUGACUUAUAUAGAAGGUUGAGGUUUCUCAAAUGUGAGGUUAAAGAUGAUGCUGUCAUUUCUCAUACAUUUGGGUUUGGUUGGAAUUGAAACUAAUAUUGUUAGCUUGCUUCGUAUCUGGCAGGAAUGUAGUUCUGAAAUCUUAAGAAACAUAAUUUGCUUUAUUUCAUCACUUGUUAGCUCAGUGUGGUGUGGUACGGUAUGAUUUGACAUUUUUUCUAUCCUCCUCCUCUUAAACUAUAUUAUUAAAAGGAGGUUAUUGUCUGAGGAAGUUCUUAUUGUCUGAUUUGACGUGUAUAUAUAUGGUCUAAUCAUUUACAGAAAAUACUUGCAUA